GUCAAGUCUUUCUUUUUGGCUCUACAAAAUCCCUAUUUUCAGCAUCUUCCUCACUCAAGCAAGACUCUCUCUGUUCAUUCAAAAAUCCCAAAAACCAAAAGCCCUUGCUUCGACCUCAACCAACGCCACCACCCUAAUCAGGUGGUGCUCCCAACCGAUCAAGCCAAAACCCAUAAAAACCCUCUCUUUCAUAGGACUAUAAUGGCGGCCUCGGAUGUCUCUGACGGACCCGUCCUUAGUCUCAUCAACAAGCGCCUUAGAGCCCUUCGUAAGAAAUUCAAUCGCAUCGUCCAGAUGGAGGAAGCCAUCGCCCAAGGUAAACCAAUUAACAAAGAGCAAGAGGAAGUCCUUCGCUCCAAGCCCGCUGUCUCUGUCCUCAUCGAUGAGCUCGAAAAGCUUCGCCAACCCCUUUCCGCCGCCGUCGACGAGGAGGUUAAUCUUGCCGUACAAAACCACCACCAGGUCUUACCCUCCACUCAGCCCAUCUCCUCCUCCUCCUCGGAUGGUUCCCCGGAUAAAGAUCAUCAGGGCGAAAGCCAGCCCAAUGGACCGUCUUCAGAACCCGUUAUUAGCCGAGAAUCGGAUCACAAAGAGACUGUGGUGGAGGACCUUCUCAAUCUGCUCUAUUUUGGGUCCCUUUUUGAUGUCAAAUCUCAGAGUGACUUCACUUCGACCAUGCUUACCAGGACUCACGAGCGUGGUUGUUGCUUGACCUAUGAUUAUGUCACCGAUGACGCUACUGAUCUGCUUGGCGAGAGAGAUUUGGACCUGAUUUCCAAGCUCGGUGGGCUUUUGAUAUCUCGCCCAGUCGAUUCGAGUUUGUCCCACAAGAAUGCCUUGCAGCGUUGCCUGGAGCACGCCAAGCUUUGGCUCGCCAAGUCGGACCAGCUCAUUGAGCCCAGUGCUAAUAUUACCUAUGCGGAGUUAAGGGAGAGGCUGAGCAAGAUUAUGGCUUCAGACUACUUGACCACUACGCCUGAGAUGAAAGCUCCCGUAGAAGUUGCUGCAGCUGCAGGAAAUUAUGCCUCAUUUCAGGUGCCUGUUCAGGGUUCCAUCUCAUCUAUCCAGGUGGAAGCAUCGGUUUCACAGUUCCAACAGGAUGAAGGCUUAUCAGAUUUUCAAGAGCAUGAAAUGGGUGGUAAUCAAUCAAGUCAUGUAGAGGAAUUUCAUAAGGAUGAUGAACAGGAGAUGGGAAAUUCUGAAGAGAUCCCUGUUGAACGCGAACAAAACAUACCAGACACAGAAGUGGAAUACAAUCAGAUAGAAUUCGAAUUGAAAGAGCAGCAGUAUGUACAGCGGAGGCCCUAUCAGAACCAAAGAGGAGGUCGUGGAGGUGGUGGUGGUGGGGGUGGCCGCAGGGGUUACCCAAACAGCCGUGGAGCUCGAGGCAGCAGUAGAGGAGGGGGACCCUACCAAAAUGGUAGAGGAGGGGGGCCCUACCAAAAUGGUAGGAACCAGUAUUAUGAGCAGCAGCAGCAGCCUGGAGGUUAUCCAAGGAAUUACUAUAAUAAUAGAGGAGGAAGGGGUGGAAGAGGUGGACUAUCUUACAACAAUCAUGGCUCAGUGGUUCAAGGCGGUCAAGCCUCUGCCAGUGUUGGGGUUGGGUCAUGAUGUUAAUCGAACUUGUUAGUAGGACCAUUUUUAGUAGCUUCUUUUUGUGUUGGUGGUGAAUCUUUUGUUGCUUUGCUUUGAAAGAUGAUCUGAAUGUGGGGUUUGCCUAAUGAACUCACCAUCCAGGACUCUUUGUAGUUGGGUUAAAUUGAGGAUUUCAAUAAGAAACCAUGCAAAAGGGAAUAGAUUUUUGUUGUUUCUUUCUGGACCUAUUCUUUUAAUAUGAUCGCAUCGGGAGGAUUAUAAUUCA